AUGGUCUUCACUGACAGCGAAGACGACGAUUUGGAUGCCCCGCGCAUCAAGCGAAAAGGUACACAUUGUACCGAAACCAUUGCAGACAAGGUAAAUAAAAGUUUGAAUGAGAGGUUUGAGCCUAGGGCAGCCACAGCCAGCGAGGCAGAGAUCUCAGACUACAUAACAGGGCACGACGAUCGAAAACUGCAAAAGCGCCCUCGCUCUGAGCACGCUGUCGCCACUCAUGAUCCUAGUCCUUACGAUUCCGCCGACGAAGAGCUUGACCGGCUUGAGCAGGAAUGGAAGGAAGCUGGAGAAGAGAAGGCCAAGAGCAGAACAUCUAGGACCAAAAAGAGCAGGGGGAUGACUGCUAAACUCGUCGAAGCUGUCGACAAUGACAUCGCUCCGCGCUCAAGGCCUAGGAAAGCGACAGGGACAACUGGGGUCGGAAGAAAAGGGCCUACAAAGAAACGCCGGAGACUAAGAGAAUAUGGCGAUUCCGACUCGGACGAGGAUCUCAUGGAAUGGACCAUGCCAGACUACGUUAGAAACCGAAGGGCAAAAUUCGACGAACGUGCAAAGCAAUUGCGAGAAGGCGGCCUGGCUCUGCCACCCACAUACGACGAUGUGGAUUUCUCGGAUAACGAGAGACUGAAGGAACUGAGGGAGCGGCCGGACUUUCCCGUAUCAACUGCAUCCAGGGAAUACCAGGAUAUCGAAUUGCGUUAUUCGCUUGGUCUCAUCCCGGCCCCCAUUGCACAGUUCUUGCGAGAAUACCAGGUUAAGGGCGUGUCAUUCAUGCAUGAACUUUUCGUGUAUCAAAAAGGUGGAAUCCUUGGUGAUGAUAUGGGUUUGGGCAAGACCGUACAAGUGAUUGCGUUCUUGACCGUGGCUUAUGGCAAGACUGGGGACGAACGCGAUCAGAAGAGGAUGAGGAAGAUGCGCAGAGCGAAGCAGUGGUACCCAAGAACUCUCAUCAUCUGCCCCGGUACACUGAUGGAGAAUUGGAAAGAUGAAUUCCGCCGUUGGGGCUGGUGGCAUGUUGAUCUCUACCACGGGGGUGCUGCACAGAGACAUGAUGUACUCUUGCAAGCCCAAGCGGGUAUGUUGGAAGUCAUGAUCACGACAUACCACACCUAUCGAGCCAACAAGGGGGAAAUCAACAUGAUCCAGUGGGAUUGUGUUGUUGCUGAUGAAUGUCAUAUCAUCAAAGAAAGAAGAUCAGACACCACCAAAGCCAUGACUGAAAUCAAUGCACUCUGCCGCAUCGGUCUGACAGGAACAGCAAUUCAGAACAAGUACGAAGAACUAUGGACCCUUCUCAACUGGACUAAUCCUGGCAAACUUGGGCCGGUCUCGACGUGGAAGAAAUCUGUUUGUGAACCGCUCAAGUUGGGUCAAAGCCACGACGCUUCACAAUAUCAAUUGGCAAGAGCUAGGAAGACAGCAAAGAUGCUCGUCCAAAAUCUUCUUCCACAGUUCUUCCUUCGACGCACAAAAGCCCUCAUCAAAGACCAACUGCCGAAGAAAUCAGAUCGCGCGGUAUUCUGCCCUCUCACAGCGACCCAAGCCAAGGCAUAUGAAAACUUUCUUGACAGUGACAUUGUUCAAUAUAUCAAGACAAGCAGUGAUCCAUGCACGUGCGGGAGGCAGAAGAAGGCGGGAUGGUGCUGCCAGGUGAAGCUCGACGACGGCAGCACAUGGCAGAGUUGGGUAUUCCCUGCAAUCGCAAACCUUCGAAAUCUAUCGAAUCAUCUAGCUAUCCUCAUCCCACAAGGGUCGGAUCCAGCGGACAAACAGGCCAAGGACCUCGAGAUGCUCCAGAUUGCAAUGCCCGACAAGUGGAGGGAGAUAUACAAAACACGGGACAGUAUACUGCACACUGGCAACCCCGAGUAUUGCGGCAAAUGGCGAGUGUUGAAGAAGCUUCUCACUUUCUGGCAUGAACAAGGUGGCAAUAAAGUACUCAUCUUCUCGCACAGCGUGCGUCUGCUCAGAAUGCUGCAGAAUCUGUUCAUCAGCACAAAAUUCAACGUCAGCUAUCUUGACGGAAGCAUGCAAUAUGAGGAUCGGUACGCAGCUGUCAAGGAAUUCAACACUGAUCCGACACAAUUUGUUUUCCUCAUCAGUACUCGAGCAGGCGGUGUUGGCCUCAAUAUCACAUCCGCAAAUAAAGUCGUCAUCGUAGACCCGAAUUGGAAUCCUAGCUACGACUUACAAGCGCAAGAUAGAGCCUACAGAAUUGGUCAGACAAGGGACGUGGAAGUAUUCCGCCUGAUCAGUCAAGGGACCCUAGAAGAGAUCGUCUACGCCCGCCAGAUCUACAAGCAGCAACAAGCGAAUAUUGGAUACAACGCCACAUCUGAACGACGUUACUUCCAGGGGGUCCAGGACCGCAAGGACCAGAAAGGGGAGAUCUUUGGACUGCAGAAUCUUUUCGCCUAUCAGAACGAGAAUCAGGUGCUGCGCGACAUUGUGAACAAGACCAACAUUGCAGAGUCAAAAGCUGAUGUCCGGGUCGCAACGCUGGAGCUUGAAGAGCAGGGCCUCGACAUCGAUGGUGAAGAAGACGGAAUCAAGGAUGAAGAUAAUGUUGCACCUCGGAUAGCACCUCGGAUAAAAACUGAUCCAGAUACGGAAGACGCUGCAAUAUCCCAACUCGCAGCUGAAAUCAUCGGAGAGGAAGGUCGAUCAUCUCGCUCCCGCUCAAGAACGCCUUUUGGCCCCGCGAAAAUGGGCUUCAAGAAACAUGAUCCGGUCCAAGCCAUCCUCUCCUCCGUCGGCGUGUCAUAUACGCACGAGAACAGUGAAGUAAUUGGAUCCUCGAAAGUUGAAGCGCUCUUGUCCAAACGAGCCGAAGAAGCCGCAUCCAAAAAUAUCAAUUGGGAUACUCAGGAGCAACAAGCGAAAGUAUUCUUGGACGACGCGCAAUCCGUACGCAGCGAUGGGCAUGAAGAUGUCUACGACUUUGCUCACGACGAUAAAUAUCACGAAGAUCGCCACGAUGGAAUUCUCACGCCGGACGGUAGCAAUGUGCGGUACAAAUAUCGCCCGCCCCAAGCUGUCCGGAAACGACAGUUCUGCAGCAUGGCUAGGUGGGCUGGCUUUGGGGAUGAUGUGGUGUCGUUUGCGCUGGUGGUGGAGAAUUGGACCCAAGCGCAGCGAAGAGAGUGCCUUGACCGGUUUUAUCACUACAGGAGAGAUGUGAUUCGUGGACUUGUAAAGUCCGAGAGCUCUGGCGAGGGCGUCAAGAAGGAAGACGUCAAGAAAGAAGAAGACGACGGGGAGGUCAAGGUCAAGAAAGAGGAAUUCCGGAUGGGAGAUGCAAGUGCUAAAGCCGAACAUGGCACCACCAAGGAAGAGGAGUCGAAAGUCAAGAUGGGCACACUACCGAAGAAGAACGAACACGAUACAGCAGAGAUGGUGGACAUUGAAACGGCCAGCGAGGAUGAAGACGAUGAGCUUUGA